AUGCACAUCAUCUCAACUGGCCAGUGGGAUAAUCUGAAGCCAGUGGAGGGAGUUGACCCAAACAGUCUCAAGAUAUUUGCUGACAUCCGUAGUGAGUUGACUUUAGUGGAUGUUGCCAUGCCUAAACCUUCACGUGAACCUCUCCAGAUGACUCCUUUGUCCAAUGGUCCAUGGGAACAAGUAAGCAUUGACUUCUGUAAAGUUGCUGAACAAAAUGUCCUUGUUGUAACUGAUGAUUAUUCAAGAUCUCCUGAGAUUGAGGUCGACUCUACUUCUGCUAAAGUGGCGAUUCCUAAGCUUGACCACAUAUUUGCUGCCUAUGGCGUACCCCAAGUGGUAAAGUCUGAUAAUGCCCCCCCCUUCAAUGGUGAUGAGUUCACACAAUUUGCUAAAUAUCUUGGUUCCAAGCACCAAAAGGUCUCUCCUCUGUGGCCCAAAGCCAGUGGAGAAGUAGAACACUUUAUGAAAACCUUUGGAAAGGUGCUACGCACCACUACCAGCUGGAAGCAAGAAAUGUAUUAG